CAUAAAUAUCGAAGUGGUGCAAUUCACAGAACGAAGGAACCAUUAAUUUUUUUUUAUUUGAUUCUGAGGACCUUAUCGUGGUCCAAGUUUAUAAACACGUCCACUUGAGUUUGUCCUACAGUAACUAUCUAAUCAUCAAUUGAAUGUGAUCAGAAUGAGAACUGCAGUCUUUCUAUCAAUCCUAUGGAUCUGCUCCUCCGAUCGAGUUGAUGCUCAGUGCAAAGACACUCCCACACAAGUAGGAGGAUCUUAUCCGAAAUUGAAGCAGGGCAAACUUUGUUCUGGCGAUCUGAUUUUUGCUGAAUGGUUCGACAAUUUGAACGAAGGUCUUUGGAACCACGAGAACCAAGUGGAUGGAGCAGGGAAUGGAGAAUUCGAGCAGUACGUCAAUGAUAGGUCUGUAAGCUAUGCGAAAGAUGGAAAACUCUUCAUACUACCGAAAGUUAUCGGUGAUGGUCCUUUACAUAAUGGUUUUUUCAACCCAGUACAGAGCGCUAGAAUGACAACCGCUGGAAAAUUUUCAUUUAAAUAUGGAAAACUUGAAGCAAGAGCGCAGAUACCAGCUGGUGAUUGGAUUUGGCCAGCCAUCUGGAUGAUGCCACAGAGUUCGAAAUACGGAAACUGGCCAAGAUCCGGUGAAAUAGACAUCUUGGAAAGCAGGGGCAACAAAAACCUACUCGUUGACGGCGGUAACAUCGGCACACAGUUGGUGUUCAGCACACUUCACUGGGGAAAGAGCGCUGGUGAAAACCAAUUCCAAAGGACCCAUUGGGAAAAAAGAAAUGGCGCUGGUUACGACGGGGACUACCACAACUACGGCGUAGAGUGGACACCGGAUUACAUGGCGUUUACCGUCGAUGGUCAAGAGAUCGGGAGGAUCAGUCCACCCCAAGGUGGUUUCUACGAAUUUGGUCAUUUGUCCGGGGACAAUCCUUGGUCAGGCGGGGGCAAGAUGGCGCCCUUCGACCAGGAGUUUUACUUGAUCGUCAAUGUGGCCAUUGGUGCAACUAACGGUUAUUUCCCAGAUAACGUUCAAAAUCCUGGAGGAAAACCGUGGAAGAAUACGUCACCACAAGCUGCGAGAGACUUCUGGAAUGGUAACGGACAGUGGAGACCCACUUGGAACGAACAAACCACUCAGAGGGCUUUGAAAGUCGAUUAUAUAAGAAUUUGGGCAAUCUAGACGUGUUAUUGGUUGGUCGAUAUUCGUUAUGGAAAGCAUUAAAUACUUAAUUUAACUUA